UGCUCCUCUCUCUGCUGUCUCAGAACUGGUUUCACACCUGUUCAGAACAGCUCAGGUGUAAUCUGCUCUGUUCCUCUCUGGUUUUGUUCCUGUUGGUUCUCCAGUUUUCAACGUGUUAAGAUUUGUUUUUGCCUGCCUGCCAGCUUAUCCACCAACUGACUAGAUUUAAAGAUGAUAAAAAUCCGCACCAAAACAUUGUUGCUGGGGGUUUCUCUGGGUCUGUUGGUCCUCUUUCUCAGUACAUAUUUUACUGAGAAAAGAGACAUUUGGAUCCCCAAAACUGUGAGAGAGGGGAGCAGUGAAAUAAACACAUCCACCACGAAGAUCCCCUACGUAUACUCCUUCCCAAAAUGCCAACUAAAUGCAUCUGCUGGAAAUGUCGAAGGCUUCAGCUCUCUUCCAGGUCAUAUACAAGACUUUCUCUACCAUAAACACUGUCGGCAUUUUCCCAUGCUGCUGGACAUUCCUGACAAAUGCGGUGGAGCUGAUGAAUCUGCAGAGGUCUUUCUCCUCCUGGUCAUUAAAAGCAUCGCUGCUAACUUUGACCGUCGAGAGGUACUGCGCAAAACCUGGGCUAAAGAGAGGCUGCACAAUGGAGUGCAGAUCCGGAGGCUCUUCAUCUCAGGAGUGACAGGUUCUGGUUUUGAAAGAGAGAGACAGAACAAACUUCUUGAACUGGAACAAAAUGAGAACAAUGACAUUCUUCAAUGGGACUUUAAAGACACGUUCUACAACCUCACCUUAAAGCAGGUGCUCUUCCUAGAAUGGAUGGAAAGAAACUGUCCGAAAGCUAGCUUCUUGCUAAAUGGUGAUGAUGACGUUUUUGUCAACACAGACAACAUGGUUGAGUAUCUCCAAGGCCUCAGGGACAAUGAUGGAAGCAAGCACCUCUUUACCGGACAUUUGAUACAGUACGUGGGGCCCAUUAGAUCCCAAGGGAGCAAGUACUAUGUCCCAGUACAAGUGCAGGAGUCAGACUCUUAUCCCCCUUAUUGUGGUGGUGGAGGCUUCCUCCUGUCGGGCUAUUCAGCUAUGGUCAUAUACAACAUGUCCAAGUCCGUCCCUUUUAUUCCUAUUGAUGAUGUUUACAUGGGGAUGUGUAUGGCCAAAGCAGGAUUAGGUCCAGUUCACCAUAUGGGUGUAAGGACAGCAGGAAUGUACAUUCCCUCGCAUAAACUAGAUGAAUUCGAUCCCUGCUAUUAUAAAGAGAUUUUACUGGUGCACAGAUUCCUCCCAGCAGACAUGUAUCUUAUGUGGCAAAGAAUAAAUGACCCCAAUCUAAAAUGUGAAUUGGCAAAGAGCUCAUUUUAGUAGCAUUAAGCUCACUGGUGGGUUCAAUACCUUGUGAUCAAUUAUGACACAGCCUCUAAUGUCACUGGUAGAGGUUUAAACUAAACCAGACAACAACAAAAAACAUACCCAUACCCUGACAGUGACACAGAGUAUUUACCUGAGAGAAUUAUUGUCCAUAAUAUAAAAUAACGCUGAAACAUCGUAGCCUUUGCAAAGUGAAGUUGAUUCAGUUUCUACUUCUUUUGUAUAAACUCUAAACAAAAAUAAAAUUGUGGUGCCCUCAAUUGGCCAAUUUAAAAUAGUUUUACACACAUGUUUCAAUAUUGUUAUGCAACAUAUCUUACAAGUUUUGUUAUGUCAUAAGGGUUUUUUCUCAAAAUGCCGUGAACUGGCAGAACCCAAAGAACGAACCUACUCGAGGAAAACUCCUUAAAACCAUUCAAACAUAAAGCUUAACACACCCCUGGAUGGCAUUUAUCCAAACCUUAAUAAACACAGCCAGUCAGGUGACUAAAAACAUUUCAUAUAGAAGGUAAUUCCCAUCAUGUUUGUAGGUUGGCCCACACUGACUGUGAAAAGCAGGGAAGAUAAAGGACAGGUCUCAUCAGCCAAACAAAUAUAGACCUACAGUCCACCACUGCAAUGCCCUGAGUGUAAGGCCUUUUAAAAAAUGUUAUCGUGUAAUUUUUUUCUGUAGACGCAAUUUAAUCACAUCUCUGAACAAGGAAAGUGGGAUCUGACACAGAAUUUGUUGAAGAUCACAGAUUGUACCAUUUUAUCAGUGGGUGGCCCUUUAAUGAUGAUUGCGUCUGGGUGUGUGUGUUUGUGUGCUUCGGUACACAAACACACUGUUUGUGUGUUUGUUAUUAUACAAUUUUGGGGGGGGACUAAGAAAUAAGUAGCACUUAAAUGGCACUUAAUUAUAGCACUUUGUAGUUUUGCACUAUUUUUGAAGAUAUUGUACUUUCUUGAUUCUUGUUGUUCUGGGUUUGUACCCUUGAAUGCACUUAUUGUAAGUUGCUUUGGAUAAGAGUGUCAGCUGAAUGAAAUGUAAUGUGAUGGCCCACUGUAUUGAAGCUGUCCCUUAGAACGCCGCCAUGUCAAAAGUUUGCCAAUAUGUCUUUGUAUUAAGACAAUGAUGGUAGAGGGGUUUGUUUGUUUAUUAAAAAGGGAACAGGAAGUUUGUGAAUCCUUGCAAAAA